UAUGUCCUAACAAAAGAUACCUGUGUGCUCUUCGGCACACAGAAAAUUUUACAUCACAUAAAUUAUUAUUCAUGAACCUACUAAAAUGCUAAAAUGUUUAUUAAGUCAUUGAUGAGUUUUUGUGUGAAUGUAAAAGUGUAACUUUACAGAAUGAUUGGGUAUAUGGUAUUUACAUCUGGCUAAAAGGAAUUGUUCAUUAGAUUAGGGAGAGGGGAAGAAGUUGAUUUGGAAAAACGUGGUUUUUUGUUUUUUGUUUUUUUUUUUUUUUUUUGGACUGGCAGAUGUAUAUUCUUUUUUUUUUUUUUUUAUUUAAGAGGAAAAAGAGAAAAACACAAAACAAAACAAAGCAGUGUAAGGUUACACAUAAUACAGAACUACAAAAAAAAAAAAAUAACAGUAAGAAAUCACCUGUUAAUAGAUUACAUAUUAUCAUCUUGGAAAUAGUUGCUCAAAUCACAGUAUCAAAGAAUACAAAGUAGACAUUCAAACAGAGAGACUGCAAACAGCUGUGUUCAAUGAUCCAAAAACAUUAAUAUAGUCAGCUAUUUAACACCCCUAUACACACUUGCUGUUAUAUCCGUUAGAGCUCUUUUUUUUUCCCUUCCUCUCUUUUUUACAACAAAAUUUACACAUUUUGGAUUUUAUUACUCCUUAGUUCUUAUCACUUUUUGGGGGGGGGGAGAGAAUAAAGUCAAAUAUGGCAAAACAAAGCUGUCAGUCAAAACCAAGGAUAGACAUAGCACAUGAUGUAGAACAGAGUACAAGGUUAUCAACAAUGGUUAUCAACGUUGUCUCUUGUUUCCUUAAAAAGAUUUGUCUAUCUCUUUAGAUAUUAUAAAGUUGGACAAAACAGUAGAGAACAAGACCAAUAAAACUUAGGCAUUGUAAACAUUACAGGACUUCCAAAGGAGACAAUAGUCAAACCAGAAUGGGCAUCUUUGUGAAUCUUAUUGCCUUCAAAGUAGUUGCCUAUACCCUCAGACUUGAUACUAUCGCACAGAAUGGAACAGAGUCUAAUCAGUCAAAACAAGAUCGUGGGAGUAUUACAGGACUUCAAAUCAAGUUAAUAGGAAAUCGAAAAGAAACGUGGUUUUUUUUAACUGAACACAAAACAUUGUGCUUGCCAGCCAUGUGCUAUGCCACUGAGCUAUAUCCCCAGCCCUUUUUCAGAUUCUUAACUCUUGGGAAACAUCUUUAUUUGUGGUUCCUGUGUCAUAUUUUACUAAAAUUUUCCGGAUGAUUUUCUAGUCUUCCAGUAAGGUAUAGAAAUAACAUUUGACAACAUACUACCACUUAUGUUUAUCCUAUAUUUAUUGCAUUGUGCAAGUUAUUAACACAUCUCCCUCCACCAAGCUGCUCAGGAAAGCCCUUCUAGACUUCGUUGCAGUCCAGAAAAAGCCACAUUUGUAAUCCCUUGGAAAAGUUGCUAGAAUUCUAGUAAAUUAAUGCCAGUCUGUUGCUUCCAGUGCAACGCCUGGCAAGAAUAAAGACACUAGGGGCUGGGGAUUUAGCUCAGCGGCAUAAGCGCCUGCCUUGCAAGCAGGCAGUCGUGAGUUCGAUCCCUGCUACCGAUAAAAAGGAAAAAGACAAAAAAAAAAGAAUAAAGACACUAAGGCAUAUUUGUAGUUGUAGGGAACCAAAGGAGUCCUAAAUCCAGCUAGUAUGAUAGCUAACCAAAACAAAAGCCUUUACACAAGGCUGAACCCAGGUUUUAUUCGUGAAGAGGGGAGUAGCUCUGGGAUGAGUGACUCUAAAAGUGAUAGAAAGUGAGCUGGGCUAGGUCGGAGGCCUGAAAUCAUCUCUGCAUUAUGCAGAGAGAUGCAGAAGUUGUAGUCUGUAUAACACUAUUCAAGGCAGUAUCUAAUGUUUUGAGAUGGGUGCUUCAGUUCUGACAUGUACUUUUUUAUGCCCUGAGAAGUCAUAGCCCUGAAAAGUCAUCUUUGUCUCAGCAUAUAGGCCUAGCUCGCACAUGUCAUUUGGGAGCUGUAGGUGUGGCUUCACUGACCUUUUGCAUUGCUUAAAGCCAGUUGAGGGGAGAAUAAAAAAUCCCGCCCACCUCUGUACAUAGCAAUACCUGGAAAUAAGGCCAGGUUUAGCCAAAAUGGAGACAGUUGUUCUUUGAAGGAGAAUCAUCUAGAAAGUCCCCCACAUUUUCUGACUACAUCUUUAAUUUUUAGAAACCCAAGACAUGCUACCUCGGGUAGCACUGCGAUAAUUCCAAAAGUUGGAUGGUUGCUUGAUGGGAAAACGUGUUUAUACUAGUGCUACUGAUUUUUUGUCACUUGAGAUUCCUUUGAUUAUCUACUAUAGGUGUUUUAAGUACAAUAAAGUAUCCUAAUUUUAUUUUAUGCAGAAUACAAAUUCAUAUUCCUCCCAUCAAGAUAUAUUAAAAACCUAUCCCUUAAUUUCCUUUUUAUAGUAAACAAUAAAGUAGUGGAGAAACUAUGUGAGUACUGCUGUUCGUGAGACAGUGGCAUGUUUCACACUAUAAAAAUUUGCCACAUUUUAACUUUAAGCCCACGGACAUUCAUUUUAUUUUUGUAGGCAAGGUUUUGGAAAGCUCCCACACAUACACACUUGUCUUUGCCUUGUUUUAAAAACUUACUCAUACUUUUAUGAAAAAGUAAGAUAGGUGAGGAUAUAGUUCAAUCGUAGGACAUAAGGACUGAGUUGGUAAAAGUAUUACAUCCUAAGGCCUGGGAUGCAGUUCAGUGCUAGAGCACUUGCCUUGCAAAGCCCUGGAUUUAAUCACUGGCACAAGCAUAAAAACAAAAAAGAAUUUUGCACCCUAAAUUUUAAACAUUUUGAUAUUUUUUUGACUUGCGUAGUAAAAGCCAGCACACAGACUGAAAGAUGUUAUUCUUUACGUGGAUUUCCCAGGAGAGGAGUUAGAACAGCUGACACUUUAACCAGCUUCAGCAUAGUCACACUAUAUUCUCUUACUAGACGAAUCUAAAUUGGAGGUAUAAAGAAAGUGAGUUUACUUUCUAGAAGCUCCCAAUUGAAGCCUCUGUUUGCAUCUCCUGAGUGAUACUUAGAGUUAAGAGAGAAGGUUGUAACCUUUGAGGGAACUGUUCAUAACCGGGAUCCAAGCUUAUAGAAUAAGGUCAUAAUAAUUUUAGUUACUGUAUAUUCAAACAAAAACAUUUUUCAGUUUUUGCUGAGGAAAUAAGUCACAAUAAUACGAAACAAGAUAAACAUUGGAAUUGCUGUUCCAACUUAACAAUGAAUGUUCCGACUUGAUGAAAUUAUUGCACACCUCCUUAGUGGUAGUACCCAUUGUUACAUAUUUUUCCAACUACUUGAGGACCUGUUUUGUUGCCAGGAAGUUGCCAUGGUCACAUUCUAUAUUGGAGUUGGAAUAGUGAACACAAAUUAGUAGUAGCUCAGAACAUCCAGGCUUGGAACUAGACUUGGGAAGUCUUCAGUGUGCUAAAGGCACAUUCAACAUGGAUCAGGGGACUCUGAGGAAACUGGUGGAAUCCAUCAGUAAAACUGUCAAGAGCUUCAAAAAAGGUGAAGUAGAGUGUCUUAUAAAACUUUUUCACAGCUUCAUGGAAAAAGUUGGUGGAAGAUUUGGUAACCUUGGGCUAGAUCGUGACACAUUUCAAGAGAUCCUGCACAGCAUAUUUGGAAUGACAGAUGAUACACUGAUGAACAGGGUGUUUUGCGCAUUUGACAGAGACAAUGAUAACUACAUAAAUUUAGAAGAAUGGAUUAGAGGAUUAUCAGUGUUUCUUCGAGGAACUUUUGAAGAAAAGAUGAAGUUCUGUUUUGAGGUUUAUUAUUUGAAUGGAGAUGGUUACAUUUCUCGAGAGGAAAUAUUCGAGAUGCUGAAGAAUAGUAUACACCAAGACUCACCUGAAGAGACUGAUGAAGGAAUAAGAGAGUUGGUAGAUAUAAUAGUUACGAAAAUGGAUUAUGACAACGAUGGCAAGAUAUCUUUUACAGACUUUGAAAAAGCAGUCAGACAAGACAAACUUCUCUUGGAGGUGUUUGGGCCAUGUUUACCAGAAACAAAGGUAUAGUCCUAAGUACUGAAAGCCCACCUGUG